CGUUGAUACGUCUAUUCUUGAAGUCGUCUGUGUACUUUUGCGGACAUUUCUUGGUUCAAAGAGAGAACUGUACGUACUGCCAGCAUACGUUCAGGAGCCAAUACAAUGACAGAAACGAACCACAGAAACUAAACAAGUAUAACCGGCCUAUUUGAGCAACUCAAGAUGGUCUUAGAAACUAUUUCAAGAAUAAUAAAAAUCCAACUUCCAGCCUAUCUAAAGAAGUUGCCGCUCCCGGACACUAUCGGUGGUUUUGCAAGGUUAACAGUGUCUGAGUGGCUGCGGUUGCUGCCUCUCCUGGGUAUCCUGGCUUUGCUUGGCUACUUGACUAUUCGUCCAUUCCUGCCGAAGAAGAAGAAGCAAAAAGACAGUUUGAUCAACCUGAAGAUCCAAAAAGAAAACCCCAAAGUGGUUAAUGAGAUAGAUAUUGAAGACCUCAACUGUGCAAAUGUUUGUUACUGUCGCUGCUGGCGCUCUAAAACUUUUCCUGUUUGUGACAAGUCACAUUUAAAGCACAACGAGUUAACUGGAGACAACGUGGGACCGCUGAUACUCAAAAAGAAGAUACUUUAAUCAGUUACUAAGGGGACUUUCUCUCUCGCUUCCCUUUUCCUUUCUUAAUAGUUUGGAGAUUUGUCACCUGUAUUUAGUUUUUUCUCAUAAAAAAACACUUUAACUGUAUGUACUUUAAACACGUUUUAGUCAAGUUGUUGGGACCACUUUGAGAUAAAACGUUGCAUUGUAAUUUCAACCAGGUGGUGAAUAAUAACAAAAGAAUGAGGGUGGAGGUUUGUUCAGUUGAACUUCUUUAGACGGCUGUUUUAAUUAAAUUCAAAAUAGCUAGUUCAAACUGGAUUAAACAUUUUGUACAGUAGGUUUUCAUGCAGGACAAUUCUCAUGUAGCGUUCAGUCGUCUUUAACCCUUCCUUCCUUUACUCGGCUUCCCUGUUCUCUUUAGCCAAAAAAACCCCUACUAUGUUUAAUAAUCUUAUAAGCUAUUGUUUUUAUUGGAUGUUACCUAUGGUCUUUGAUAGAAUUUUCUAGAAAUGCUAAAUGCUAAAAGUUUUGCAUUUUAUAUUCAGUUGUCUUAAAUCAUUUCAAAACACAGCAGUAAUAUUCCGAUUAAUCUUCACUAACCUUCAGAGGUAGCGCAAUGUUUCACUAUCUUUGUCAUGAUACACUUGACUUCCUGCUGGAAUGUUUUCUUUAUUUGUAAUUCAUCUGUAAUAUUUUCUACAUAAAGGGUUCAUGUUUAAGAGAGAAGCCAAUGGAGUGUGGAUGACUUUGUUGGCAAAUUGUUCAAAAUUUUCUAUGACUCAGCAGUUAUACAGAGUACAGCCCUCUUUUUUAA